GGGCGGGCCUUGGCGUCCCAGGAGCUGCCAGGCAACUUUUCCCUGCCCUCACCCCGGCGGGCGAGAGAAGCUCUCGGGACGGCUUCUGGAGUCCCUCCGCAAACCGAGAGCAGCUACCGUCCCCCCGCAGGCUCAGGAUGCGUCCAGGACGGACAGGGGGCGCGCCGUUGCGGCUGGUGUUAGUGCUCAGUCAAGGCGUUUUAAAUUGUUGUAUGGCAUACAAUGUUGGUCUCCUAGAAGCAAAGAUAUUUUCCGGUCCUUCAAGUGAACAGUUUGGCUAUGCAGUGCAGCAGUUUAUAAAUCCAAAAGGCAACUGGUUACUAGUUGGUUCACCUUGGAGUGGCUUUCCUGAGAACCGAAUGGGAGAUGUGUAUAAAUGUCCUGUUGAUCUGUCCAAUGCUACAUGUGAAAAGCUAAAUUUGGAAAGUGCCACAAGCAUUCCCAAUGUUACUGAAAUGAAAACCAACAUGAGCCUUGGCUUGACUCUCACAAGGAACAUGGGCACUGGAGGAUUUCUCACGUGUGGGCCCCUGUGGGCACAGCAGUGUGGAAGUCAAUAUUACACAACUGGGGUUUGUUCUGACGUCAGUCCCGAUUUUCAGCUCUUGACCAGCUUUGCACCUGCAGUUCAGACCUGCCCUUCCCUCAUAGAUGUUGUGGUUGUGUGUGAUGAAUCAAACAGUAUUUAUCCCUGGGAUGCAGUAAAGAAUUUUUUGGAAAAAUUUGUCCAAGGCCUGGAUAUAGGCCCAAAAAAAACACAGGUGGGGUUAAUUCAGUAUGCCAACAAUCCAAGAGUUGUAUUUAACCUGAACACUUUCAAAACCAAAGCUGAAAUGAUUGAAGCAACAUCCCAGACAUACCAGUAUGGGGGAGACCUCACAAAUACAUUCAAAGCAAUUCAAUAUGCAAAAGAUUCUGCUUAUGCAGCAGUGGCUGGAGGACGACCGGGUGCCACCAAAGUAAUGGUGGUUGUAACUGACGGUGAAUCGCAUGAUGGUUCAAUGUUGAAAGCCGUGAUUGAUCAAUGCAACAAUGACAAUAUACUGAGGUUUGGCAUAGCAGUUCUUGGGUACUUAAACAGAAACGCCCUUGAUACUAAAAAUUUAAUAAAAGAAAUUAAAGCAAUUGCCAGUAUUCCAACAGAAAGAUAUUUUUUCAACGUGUCUGAUGAAGCCGCUCUACUAGAAAAGGCUGGGACACUAGGAGAACAAAUUUUUAGCAUUGAAGGUACUGUUCAAGGAGGAGACAACUUCCAGAUGGAAAUGUCACAAGUGGGAAUCAGCGCAGAUUACUCUCCUCAGAACGAUAUUCUGAUGCUGGGUGCAGUAGGAGCUUAUGCCUGGAGCGGGACUGUUGUCCAGCAGACAUCUCAUGGACAUUUGAUCUUUCCUAACCAAGCCUUUGACCAAAUUCUGCAAGAUAAAAAUCACAGUUCGUAUUUAGGUUACUCUGUGGCUGCAAUUUCGACUGAAAAAGACCUCCAUUUUGUUGCUGGUGCUCCUCGGGCAAAUUAUACCGGCCAGAUCGUGCUCUACAGUGUUAAUGAGAAUGGCAAUGUCACGGUUAUUCAGGCUCACCGAGGUGACCAGAUCGGCUCCUAUUUUGGGAGUGUGCUGUGUUCCAUCGAUGUGAAUAAAGACACCAUUACAGAUGUGCUCUUGGUGGGUGCACCAAUGUACAUGAACGACUUAAAGAAAGAGGAAGGAAGAGUCUACCUGUUUACCAUCACAAGGGGCGUUUUGAAUUGGCACCAAUUUCUUGAAGGCCCUGAGGGUGUUGAAAAUGCUCGGUUUGGUUCAGCGAUUGCAGCUCUUUCAGAUAUCAACAUGGAUGGCUUUAACGAUGUAAUAGUUGGUUCACCUUUGGAAAAUCAGAACUCUGGAGCUGUGUAUAUCUACAACGGUCACGAGAGCACCAUUCGCAUUAGAUAUUCUCAGAAAAUCUUGGGAUCCGAUGGAGCCUUUAGGAGCCAGCUCCAGUACUUUGGGAGAUCUUUGGAUGGUUAUGGUGACUUAAAUGGGGAUUCUAUCACCGAUGUGUCUGUUGGUGCCUUUGGGCAAGUCGUUCAGCUCUGGUCACAGAGUAUUGCUGAUGUAUCUGUGGAAGCUUUGUUCACACCAGAAAAAAUUACUUUGUUCAACAAGAAUGCUGACAUAAAACUCCAACUCUGUUUCAGUGCCAAGUUUAGACCUACUAAGCGAAACGAUCGAGUGGCCAUUAUCUACAACAUCACAAUUGAUGCAGACCUGUAUUCAUCCAGAGUAACCUCCAGGGGUUUAUUUAAAGAAAAUAAUGAAAGGUGCCUGCAGAAGAAUAUGCUCAUAAGCCAAGCACAGAGUUGCGCUGAGCACACCAUCCACAUACAGAAGCCCUCUGACGUUGUCAACUCUUUGGAUCUGCGUGUGAACAUCAGUCUGGAAAACCCUGGCACCAGCCCCGCCCUUGAAGUCUACUCUGAGAAGGCCAAGGUCUUCAGUAUCCCUUUCUACAAGGACUGUGGGGAUGAUGGAGUUUGUAUCUCGGAUCUAGUUCUAGAUGUCCAACAACUGUCAGCCACUCAAGAUCAACUCUUUAUUGUCAGCAACCAAAACAGAAGGUUAACAUUUUCAAUAACACUGAGAAACAAAAGAGAAAGUGCAUACAACACUAGAAUUGUUGUUGAUUUUUCAGAAAACUUGUUUUUUGCUUCCUGGUCCAUGCCGGUUGAUGGGACAGAAGUAACAUGCCAGAUCGUGUCAUCUCAGAAGACUGUUACCUGUGAUGUUGGCUACCCUGCUUUGAAGAGGGAGCAACAGGUGACUUUCACUAUUAACUUUGACUUCAAUCUUCAAAACCUUCAGAAUCAGGCAUCUGUCCAUUUCCAAGCCUUAAGCGAAAGCCAUGAAGAAAACAAGGCAGAUAAUUUGGUCAACUUCAAAAUUCCUCUGCGGUAUGAUGCCGAUAUUCACAUAACGAGAUCCACCAACAUAAAUUUUUAUGAAGUCACCUCAGAUGGGAAUGUUCCUUCUGUCAUGCACAGUUCUGAAGAUAUUGGUCCAAAAUUCAUCUUCUCCAUUAAGGUAACAACAGGGAGUGUUCCAGUAAGCAUGGCAUCUGUAAUCAUCCACAUACCUCAGUACACCAAAGAAAAGAACCCACUGAUGUACCUGACUGAGGUGCACACAGAUCAGGCUGGUGACAUCAGCUGUAAUGCCGAAAUAAAUCCACUGAAAAUAGGACACAUGUCUCCUUCUGUGUCUUUCAAGAAUGAAAAUUUCCGGCACAUAAAAGAAUUGAACUGCAGAGCUGCUUCAUGUGGUAACGUUACCUGCUGGAUGAAAGACCUUCAGGUCAAAGGAGAGUACUUCCUUAAUGUAUCAACCAGAAUUUGGAACGGGACUUUUGCAGCCUCAACUUUCCAGACCGUACAGCUGACCGCAUCUGCAGAAAUCAACACCUAUGACCCUCAGAUAUAUGUGAUCGAAGAAAACACAGUCACGAUUCCCAUCACGAUAAUGAAACCCCAUGAGAAAGCUGAAGUUCCAACUGGAGUUAUAGUAGGAAGUGUAAUUGCUGGAAUCCUUUUGUUAUUAGCUCUGGUUGCAGUUUUAUGGAAGCUCGGCUUCUUCAAAAGAAAAUAUGAAAAAAUGUCCAAAAAUGCAGAUGAGAUUGACGAGACCACGGAACUCAGCAGCUGAGCGCCCCCCCCAGUCUCCGGGCAGCAUGCAGCCUGGGUCUGCAAUUUGCAUGAAUGGAUUUUUUUUUUUUUAAAUUUGUGUUUUAUGUGUAAUAGGUAAACUAGCCUGAUAUUUUACAAAAACUGCAGGUCAGUUUGGAAAGAAGAAAUUGGGGCGGGGGGGGUGGCUAGGAGUAUAAAGGGUAAAAGACUUAUUUUAUAUGGGAGGAAAAGUGGUAUCUUUCCAUUGGCUGGUCCAGAGUUUACAUUAUAAUGUGCGUUGUGUCAGAAAAAUGAAAUGCUUACAAACAUGAGAAGUCUUAAAGAAAAAUACAACCUUUCUCAGAUUGGAGGGGGAACCCCAAUCAUUGAAAAUGAUUGUUUUUAAACAGUAACAACAAAAGUGGAAGGACUUCACAUAGACACAGAAUUAGCUUGGCUAUUGAUGUUGAUGGGGAGAAAACAACACAGGUUUUCAACUUAUGCUGCUCAUCCAAAGCUGCCACAGAAGUUAAAGUGAUAAUUUUCUUAAUAAAGUAGGGUAAAAUUUGCUGUUGUCAGCCUGCAGCUGCCUUCUCAGUCCCUUGUUUGCUAGGAUGUACUUAUCAAAACACGCCUGGAUACCUGGUAGGAGCCCAGAGUAUGCUUUCUGGAGAAAAAAACUUCCAUUUAAGGGUGGAGAGGGGGUAGUAAUUUAGAGGCCAAAGCACAAAACUUUGUUUAAAAUCCAUAAUAUCACAACGUUUAUGGUAAAAUCCUAUCUGCUAGAGGCCCAGCCUAUGCUACAGGAAGUAGGAAGUUGCCUUUCUCCUUCAGGAUGCCCAACUUGCUAACUUGACUGGCUGGCAGGGACCUAGUUUGAAUUUUCAGAAGAUGAGUAAUUUCUUUGGCAUCCUUCCUCCUUCCGGACCAAGCCACUCUCCCACCUCCUGGUGCCCCCAUCUUCUAGAAGCUCCCUGAGGCACUUCCCAUCCAGUCAUCCAGAGUUAACCACCUUCCCUUGGCCCUUGGCCCAGUCCCCCAUUCCUUGGGGGCAGCUGCUCCCCUCAUACCUCCAGGGAUGAGGACGAAAAAUCAUCUCACAUACUUAUGUGAAUAAUCUCCUUAACUCCAGGGAGCUAUUUUCAUUUAUUGGUAAACAAGUAAGAAAAAUAAGCCAGAGUGAAUUUCUAAUUGUUGGAAUUUCAGGCAGUUAAAAAAAAAAAAAAAAAAAAACACGGGAAUUUGCAAGAAA